CCACAUGAAGUUAACCCUAGGCAAUAUAAUAAAAAUAGCAUUUCAAGGAAAACAAAAAAGCCGCAGUUGCCUCUGGUGAACAACCAUCACUGUUGAAACCAUGUCCAUGUCUCUGGACUCUCAUAUAGAGAAGGUUCUUUGGACCCAAGAUCAGAUUCUGGACCGAGUAGCCCAGAUCGCUUCUCAAAUUACCCUUGAUUUUAAAGCUGCUCCCGACCCACCCCUCUUUGUAGGAGUCGCCAAUGGUGCGUUCUUGUUCUUGGCUGAUCUUGUCAAGAGAGUCCAGUUCCCUCUCUUCGUUGACUUGGUUCGAGCUCAAUCUUAUGGCUCCGAUACUCUCUCUAAUGGAGCUCCUUCCAUUUCCCUUGAUUUGAAGCUCGAUGUGAAGGGAAAACACGUCAUUCUCGUUGAAGAUAUUGUAGAUACAGGAUGCACUUUAUCCUGUCUAAUCGAACACUUGGAAGCAAAAGGAGUGUCCUCCGUAUCAAUUUGUGCUUUUCUUGAUAAACCUACGAGAAGGAAGGUCCAUAUCAAGCUAGUUGGUGAUGGAAAGUUCUACAAGGGAUUUGAGUGUCCGGAUUAUUUUGUUGUAGGUUAUGGAAUGGACUUUGCAGAACUAUAUAGGAACUUGCCUUAUAUUGGUGUCUUGAAGUCCGAAUUCUACAAGUGAUUUGAUUUAUCCCUGGCAGUUUUAGUAAGGAAAAAGAGCAUAAAUGUAGAGAAUGAAUGAGGCCAAGCAUGAAGUAAAGGUAGCAUCAAGCAAAUGGAAAUUCCCUGCUGCUCUAAAGUGCUAAGAAAUAUGGGGGAAAAGGGUUGUGAAAAUUGGCGUAGUAAUAAUAAUGGAAUUGUGUUGAAAUCAAGUCUUAGUUAUCGUCCAUUUGCAAGGAUACUUGGCCUUUCCUAUAUAUCAGAAGGCCAGUAUCUCAUCUCUUAUAUAAUAUUUAAAAAAACUUUUCACCUUUUUCUAACUGUCA